AGUGAAACUUUAAUCUUCCGUGCAGGAGGCAAAACAAAUCAUUGCUGGAAGCUGAUUUUCGCCCCUAAAUUGUCUCUGGGAAUAGACAAAGCAGAUAAAGAUAUACAAUGUUAGUUUUGGUCUUGGGCGAUCUUCACAUUCCUCAUCGAUGCAGCACGCUUCCGGCAAAGUUCAAGAAGCUCCUGGUGCCUGGCCGCAUCCAUCACAUCCUCUGCACGGGGAACCUGUGCACGCGGGACUCGUAUGACUAUCUCAAGACGCUCGCCAGUGAUGUGCACAUCGUUCGGGGUGACUUUGACGAUGGUCAGACUUAUCCUGACCACAAGGUGGUCACGGUGGGUCAGUUCCGGAUCGGCCUCACGCACGGCCACAAAGUGAUGCCAUGGGGUGAUCCUGAGGCGCUGGCCUUCCUGCAGCGCCAGCUCAACGUCGACAUCCUCAUCUCGGGUCACACCCACAAGUUCGAGGCGUACGAGCACGAAUCGCGCUUCUACAUCAACCCGGGCUCCGCCACGGGCGCCUAUUCGGCCACCACUGCGCGCGCCACCCCAUCCUUCGUCCUGAUGGACAUCCAGAGCGCCACAGUGGUCACGUACGUGUACCAGCUGAUCGGCGACGAGGUGAAAGUGGAGAGAAUCGAGUAUAAGAAGAACUAAGCAAAUAAUUUAAAGAUACAUAGGAAUUAUACAUAACUGGCCCAUAAUACACUGAAAAAGAAGUA